AUGGCUGAUAUCUUCCGGGACGCACCUGCGGGGCACCUCAUCCGUUUCCUCACCGGGGAUAGAGGGAAACUGCUCACCUACGCUGAUGAGAGGCCCGGCUUCGAGCCGCCAAAAGUGUCCGGCCGCUCAACACCACAGCAGGACGAGAGCAAUGGCGACGUGGAAAAGCAAAGUGCGGGAUCAACGCCGGGAGUGUCUGAGGACAUGGUCAAUUGGUACGAUGACAACGACCAAGACAAUCCGCAGAACUGGUCGCUGCGGAAGAAGAUAUUUGUUCUCUCACAGAUUAUGCUCCUGAACUUCUCGGUGUACAUCGGAUCAUCCAUCAUCGUUCCGGCUGAACCCAGAAUGAUGGAAAUGUGGGGCAUCUCACAACAGAGCGCGUCACUGUCGCUGUCCAUGUAUGUGUUGGGAUAUGGAGUGGGGCCGAUGUUCUUCAGCCCGAUCUCAGAAAUGCCGCGAAUGGGUCGCAACACUCCCUACAUUACGUCCCUCUUCCUGUUCGUCAUGAUGACCGUCGGGGCCGCUACGGUCAACAACUUCCCGGGUUUAGUCGUCUUUCGGUUCUUGCAGGGACUGGUCGGAGGCCCGGUGCUGGCAACGGGGGGUGCCUCGGCGACGGACCUCUUCUCCAUGGUCAAGGGGGCCUACGCCGUGUCGGCGUGGUCGGCGAGUGGCUUCGCAGGGCCGGCCCUGGGGCCGAUGAUCGCGGCUUUUGCGGUGGCCGAGUCAACCUGGCGCUGGCCCAUGUACGAGACGCUCAUCCUGAACGGCUUCACCUUCACGCUGCUGCUGUUCUUCCUCCCAGAGACGAAUCCCGACACCAUACUCCUCCAACGCGCGCAGCGGCUGCGGAAGCUGACGGGGAACUCCAAGCUGCGGUCGGAUUCCGAGAUCCGACAAGGCGAGAUGCAUGUUCUUCGGACGAUGGGUCGGUACCUCACGACUCCCUUCAAGAUCACUGUGCAGGAUCCCUCCAUUGCCUUCAUUCAUAUCUAUACGGCGUUGACAUAUGCGAUAUAUUGGUUCAUUUACGAACCCUACACUCUGAAGCACGGAAUCGGUGUCCCGGAGACACGUCUGGUGCCCGGGAUCUAUGCUGCAGCGGCAGCGCCCACCGGGGUGUUCAUCUUCGCAUGGACGGCGAGGCCGGAGAUCCACUGGAUGGUCCCUACCAUUGGUGUGGUGAUUUACUCAGUGGCACAGCUAAUACUGCUGAACUUCAUCUUCAUCUACCUUCCAACCAGCUAUCCUCGGUAUGCUGCCAGUCUGUUCGCGGCGAACACUUUCCUUCGAAGUGCGCUGGCUUGCGCAGCAGUGCAUUUCUCACAUCCGCUCUUCGAAAACUUGGGGAUCGGCGCAGGCUGUAGCGUGCUAGGUGCCCUGACUGGUGCAUGCUUUUUUGGUAUCGUGGCCCUGUGGCACUAUGGUCCUCAGUUGAGAGCGAGAGGAAAGUUUGCGGAGACGUACUAG